CUUCCCCAUUCUGCAGCUUCUGACUUCUGCAAGCUGCGACCCAUCUCCCCCGCUGUUCCACUUCUCCCGCCCCGAUUUGCCCAUCGUCGGCUCCCAAGUCCCACCUCGGCGAACGGCGAAGAGCGGCAAAAAUGCUCCAGUGCAUCUUCCUCCUCUCCGAUUCCGGGGAGGUGAUGGUGGAGAAGCAGAUGGCGGGACACCGCGUGGACCGCGCCAUCUGCAGCUGGUUCUGGGACUACGUCCUCGCCCACGCCGCCGGCGACCCGUCCAAAGUCUUGCAGGUUGUGGUGUCACCAACGCAUUACUUGUUUCAUAUCUAUCGCAAUGGUGUAACGUUCUUGGCAUGCACCCAAGUAGAGAUGCCUCCACUGAUGGCUAUCGAGUUCCUUUCUCGUGUGGGUGAUGUCUUGACAGAUUAUCUUGGAGAUCUGAAUGAAGACAUAAUCAAGGACAACUUUGUAAUUGUAUAUCAGAUUUUAGAUGAGAUGAUGGACAAUGGUUUUCCACUCACGACUGAGCCAAACAUCUUGAAAGAGAUGAUUGCCCCACCUAAUAUUGUGAACAAAAUGUUGAAUAUUGUGACUGGUAAAAGUUCUACUCUUGGCAGCAAACUUCCAGACGCAGCUGCUUCUUAUGUACCUUGGCGAUCAACAGUAGUCAAGGACGCAAGCAAUGAAGUCUAUGUUAACAUAGUUGAGGAACUUGAUGCAUGUGUAAACAGAGAGGGGGCUCUAGUAAAAUGUGAAGCAUAUGGUGAUGUUCAAGUAAAUUGCAGCCUCGCAGGUGUACCAGAAUUGACUAUGUCAUUUGCAAACCCUGCAAUUAUCAAUGAUGUUACGUUCCACCCCUGUGUCCGAUUCAAGCCCUGGGAGUCAAAUCAGGUCCUAUCAUUUGUUCCUCCCGAUGGACAAUUCAAGCUCAUGAGUUACAGGGUUAAGAAAUUGAAGAAGACACCAAUUUAUGUGAAACCACAGCUGACGUCUGAUUCUGGGAAUUGCCGUGUUAGUGUGAUGGUGGGGAUCCGAAAUGAUCCUGGGAAACCCAUCGAUUCUAUAACAGUGCAGUUUCAGUUGCCCCCUCUUAUUAUUUCUGCGGAUUUGACUGCAAACUAUGGCACAGUUGACAUCCUUGCCAACAAGACUUGUCUCUGGACAAUUGGGCAGAUACCAAAAGAUAGAGCACCAAUGCUCUCUGGAAAUUUACGUCUAGAGGAAGGACUUGCUCAGUUGCAUACGCUGCCAACAUUUCAGGUGAAAUUCAAGAUUAUGGGAGUUGCUCUAUCUGGUCUUCAAAUUGAUAAGCUGGACGUGAAAAACACACCAAGCGCUCCAUACAAAGGUUUUAGAGCCCAGAGUCAAGCUGGAAAGUAUGAGGUCAGAUCGUAGGUGCUUUCAGAGGACAUCUGUUAAUUUUUGCUCUUAAAGCAAACGAAUACGGACCUGGUGCAUGGGCUGUCAACGCAUCAUGAUUAUCAUUUGAUGAUCCAGAGCCAGCUUGAUUUGCGUCACCUUAUCCUGUUCUGGCCUUCUUGGCACACUGCAGUUGAAGGGACCUGCCAUUCUUCAGAUGAAUAGAUGCCCUGUGCCUGAAUCAGAUUCUCCUGGCUGCUGGGAAAGCAACUGAAUAUUUGCCAGGGCUUGUCUAACAAAAAAUGAUGCAAAUAGUGCCUAGUGGCUGAGACUGAGAUCAAGGUUUUGAAUUGUGGCGUAUUGUCAUGUCCAGUUCAAUAUGCAAUUAUGUAUGGAUUCGCCGUUCCUGACUGUCUAGAAGGAAUGAGGUGAUGUUUAUACUGUAAAUCUUUUCUUUUUGUGUGUGGUAAAGUAAUAAUCAGGGAAAAACAAUCGCAAGGAUUAGGUUUGGCUGCAAUGUUUCAUAAGCUAAUUUGCCAAUCAAAUUGAUUGAAUCAAAGAUA